AUGAAUGAUCCGUCGCAGAUGAUGAACGGGAACUAUGGAAUCUGGCCGCCGCCGAUCCCCCCGCCUGGCGCGGUGGACGAUCCGAUGAGCCUUGGGAGACCUAGGCCGGUGUUCUUCGCCGCCGGCCCCAAUCCUGCUGGUAGGGUGAAUUGGAAGAGCAAGAAGGCAGUGGGUAAGCGGAAGAAGGCAGCCGAAGCUGCGGCAGCGGCUGCCGUCGCCGGUGAAGCGGGUGGUGCCCCGGGCGCCGGCAUGUCCGGCAGUAGGCCGACGAGUCUGAACGAUCCGCAGUUCCAGAACCAUGCGAGAUUUCGUAGGUUCUACCCCAAGAAGAAGUUCCCUCGAUUCGCCCCCUUCGCCCCGCUGAACACCACCUCGUUCCUCAUUCGUGCAAAGAAGGCCGGCGGAAUCGCGUCCCUCGUCUCCCCCUGCCCUGUGACCCCUGCGAUACUCCCGACCCCCCAGCUCUCCCCUUCCAGAGAGUUCCUGGUGGACAUGGCCAAGGAGGAGUGGGGCGUCGACGGGUAUGGAUCCAUGAAAGGGUUUAUCAGGCUCCGAUCGCCCACAGGAAACGAUAUCAGAGGAGAAGACGACGACGAUGCAGAGGAGGGAUCGAGCGGCAGCGAUGUGGAGGAGCACGUCGAGGUGGAGCGGCGGCUGGAUCAUGAUCUGAGCAGGUUCGUGAUGGUGUACCCGCACCUCGGCGACGAGCGGAUUGCGCCGGCGUAUCUCUCGGGGAACAGGAUGGACGACCACGACGCGCAGAUCUCCCAUCUGGAGGAGGAGAACCUCACACUGAAGGAGAGGCUCUUCCUGAUGGAGAGGGAGAUGAGGGAUCUGAGCAGGAGGCUACGGCGGCUGGAGACGCGGCGCAGAGGACAGGAGAGCAUCCACCACGACCACAGCAGCAGCAACAACUCCAGACUCAACGAAACAGCCGCGGAAGACGACGGCGGCGACGAGGUGUCAUCGAGGAAGAGCACAGCAGAUUGA